AUGGCAGCAAAAGAGCAGUGCAGAACUGAACACGAUAAUGAUCUGAUUGUUUGUCAUCGCUACCGGUUGCUACACAAAAUAUGCAGUGGAAUCGAUUUACUCAAUCAUGAUGAAGUCGCCAUGAAGCUGGAAAUGAAAGCUAAAAACAACGACAGAUAG